AUGGGCAUCGGUGAUUUAUUCUCAGAUCUCGCUCGUCCGAGCUUCGACUUCUUAUCGUCGCCAAAUUUUUGGUGGUAUACGUUUUGGGUGCUGUGGGUGCACCGAUAUCUACGUUUAAUCGUUCAUACUUUCAGCCAUUGGUUUUACAAGUCGAAACCAAUUCCUGUCAAACCUACGUUUACUUCUGACGACGUGACGGUCAUCAUUCCCACUAUCCACAAUGCCUUCGAGGAGCUCCGCUCCUCCCUGGAGAGCAUCUUGGCCUGCAGGCCGCACGAGCUGAUCCUCAUAACGACGGUGGACAAGCACGUGGCGUUAGAGAAGCUCGUGAAGACGUUGUCGACUUCGAACGUCCGCGUGCUCUUCACGCCUAUCGCGAACAAACGACUUCAGGUUUGCGAGGCGCUCCCCAAGGUAAAGACGGCGAUCACCAUCAUGGCCGACGACGACGUUACCUGGCCGUCCACCCUCCUCCCGUGGGUCCUCGCUCCUUUCGAGGACCCCAAGAUCGGAGGCGUCGGGACUUGUCAGCGCGUGCGUCGAGAGUCGGGCGGAUCCGUAUCCACCCAGAUUUUCAACUGGCUCGGGGCUGCUUACAUUGAGCGCCGCAAUUUCGAGAUCUCGGCUACUCACAAUGUCGAUGGGGGAACUUCGUGCAUGUCCGGUCGCACAGGAGCUUACCGAUCAGAGAUUCUGUCGAGCCACGACUUUCUUGAGGGGUUUAAGACCGAGCGAUGGCGCGAUUAUAUCCUGAACGCUGACGACGACAAUUUCGUAACCCGCUGGCUGGUCAGCCACCAGUGGAAGACCUGGAUCCAGUACGAGCGGGAGUGCGAGAUCGAGACGACGCUGGAGAACGGCCUCAAGUUCCUCUACCAGUGCUCUCGAUGGGCCCGGAGCAAUUGGAGAAGCAACUGGACGAGCUUGGUCCGAGAGAGAUACGUGAUUACCCAACAGCCGUGGUGCACCUACGCUCUGCAUAUUGCAACCUUUACUUCGCUGGCCUUCGUCGUGGACCCUCUAUUGCUCGUCUCGCUUUGGCGGGGUACCGAGGGAUGGGACCUGGAGGCACGACAACGAUGCAUUUGGGCUCAGGUUGUCUUCAUGUUCGCCUUUACGAAGGUCGUCAAGCUGAUCGGACUCUUUCGGCGAAACCCGAGUGACAUCGUCUUCCUGCCGGUGUCCGUCAUUUUCGGCUACUUUCACGGGCUGAUCAAGCUAUACGCUCUGAUCACUUUGAAUAUGACUUCUUGGGGUAGCCGACCCGACGGUGACGCCAACGAUGCUCUUCGUAUGUCGCCUCGUCCCAGAAGAAGCGACAGCAUCGCGACGCCCCCACCUCGGUUUGACGACCUCGACCGUAUCUUCCGUAUGCGAAAUGCUCGCGGCGUCUUGUCCGAGAAGGACGCUCUCCUCCUCGACUAUCCGAGAGACACGUUCCCGCCGAUCACCAUGGUGGCGGGCUUAUCGUAA